CGAAAUCGAUUCGAACUCUUUGCCAGCUCUAAAAAUGGCCAGGUUCAAAACAUUGCACAGCGUGGACACAGAAUAUUCAGCCGAUUCGGUGGAGUGGUGUGCCCAGGAUGAUCAGCAUGCCCACUACUUUGCCUGCGGAACCUACCAGCUGGUUCAAAUGGAGGACGACGAAGCCACCACCAAGGACCGCCCACGCAAGGGACGCGUUUACCUCUACCACUUUGAGGCAGGGAGUGGAGCACUGGAGCGUCUGCAGAGCAUUGAGACGGCGGCCAUACUGGACAUGAAGUGGCUACCAGCAUGGAGCAGCGACAGUGGCCCACUUCUGGCCACAGCCAACGCCUUGGGAGAGGUAGAAAUCUACGAACUGCUGGCGAAUGAAAAGCAGCUGCAAAGACGCACGUGCCUAGGUGUGACGGCUGCAGAGUCAACUGCUGAGGCUCCACUGGCUCUGGCCCUGGACUGGCAGCGUGAUGGAGAUGCAGUGCAGCUAGUAGUCUCAGACUCGAAAGGAAACAUUAACCUUUUGCGCUACACCCCGCAGGGAAAGCUGUUCGUCCUGAGCGCAUGGAAUGCGCACGGCUUUGAAGCCUGGACCUGUGCGCUUGACCGCUGGACACCGCAUCGCGUGUACAGUGGUGGCGACGAUUGCCUCCUCCUGGCCCAUGAUUUGCGCACGGAACAGCGUGUGUGGACGAAUAGGGCGCACCAGGCAGGCGUUACUUGCCUACUUAGCCAUCCGCAGCACGAGCACCACCUACUCACGGGCAGCUAUGACGAGCAGCUGCGUCUCUUCGACACGCGCGCCAUGAAACGCUCGCUGGCCGAAGUGAAUCUGGGGGGUGGCAUCUGGCGCCUCAAGCCGCAUCCCAAUCGACAGGAUGUCAUCCUGGCCGCCUGCAUGUACAAGAACUUUAGCGUCGUUCGACUCGAUCUGAAGGAUUCGGCAAUAACGGUGCUUGGCACAUACGACGAACAUUCGAGCAUUUGUUAUGGCGCCGACUGGGAUCCAAGUUUGCCCGAAGACGAUGGACUAAUGCACAUGGCUACCUGCUCUUUCUAUGACCACAAAAUGUGCGUUAGCAGCGUUCAUCUUGACACUUAAAACAAUAAAUGUAAAUUAUGUUCAUA